CCGGCAUUCCCUCAGACAGUUGACUCUUGGCUGAGCUGAUAAGUCCCUCUUUAUUCCGCCGCCUGCUGCCAUAAAAGCGCCGGGGAGCUCAUUGUGCGGAGUGAUCUGAUACGGACUACACCCAGCCGCUGCCUCACUGCCGUGGCUUUCUUUGCUGCCCCAGCCUUGACGUUGGUGAACGUCGGAGUGCGGGUUAGGUUGGAGACUCGAGACUCGUCUGCAGGGUUCCUCCCGGUUUUCGGCCGUCUCUCGUUUGGCAACCGCUGUCCCAAAGCUGUAGGCAUUUUUAUAUAGCAUCCAUUUCUUGAACAUGUCUUGGCAAAGCUACGUGGAGAACCUGAUGGCCGAUGGCAGCUGUCAGGAUAGCGCCAUUGUUGGGUAUACGGACGCCAAAUAUGUUUGGGCAGCACAUGCCGGUGGUACUUUCAACAAUAUCACGUCUCAAGAAAUUGAUGUCCUUAUCGGUAAGGACAGGGAGACCUUCUACACCAGCGGGCUCACUCUGGGCUCAAAGAAGUGUUCGGUCCUCAGAGACAGCCUCCAUGAUGAGGGGGACUGGACAAUGGACAUCAGGACAAAGAGCCAAGGAGGAGAACCUACAUACAAUAUCUCUGUGGGGAAAGCUGGAAAAGUUUUGGUUCUUGUAAUGGGCAAAGAAGGGGUCCAUGGAGGCGGAUUGAAUAAGAAGGCUUACUCAAUGGCAAAAUACUUGAGGGAUUCAGGGUUUUAAUGUUUUCAAGCUCACGUAGAUAAAAUUUGAGGGACAAAAAGAAGAGAAAAGAAAUAUUGCUGUUAAGAUUUCUCCUGCAAGCAGUCAUAUGUCUUGGAAACUUUUAAUAGCAAUGAAGAGUGGUAAGAUACUGUGUCACCUUUGUUCCCUCCUUCAUCCUGCAGGGGAGAGGGGGGGAAGACUCUUCAAUUUUGUUCAUUUCUCUUUUUUUCCUUGUGUGCUCCAGCAUUGGUUUUAAUCAUGGGAAAGGAGGGGAUCCAUGGUGGAAAUCUUAACAAGAAAGCACAUGCAAUGGCUGAGUACCUGAGGAGGUCUGGAUAUUAAGCAACCUCUCCACCCAUCCAUCAACUUAGCAGCCCACUCCCACUCACCGCAUUGUGUUGACACUACUUCCAGGAUUAGAUGGAAUACAAUGUUACUUCCUCCCCAGUCUACUUUUUUACACAGCCUUUUGUUUGCUCAGCCCCCCCACACUCCCUUUCUUUUCCUUGUUUUUUUAUUUUUAAAAACCUUCCCCACUUUAACAUUGUACUUCUCAUGGCAUGUUCAUUGAAAUGUGUAUUAACCAAAAGUGUGCAAAAUAAAAAAAAAAUAAAAAAAAAAGGAAAUUGAAUAAAAGUGUGACACAAAUUUGGACUUACCUUGUACAACAUUUAGUUAACGACUGGCUAGUGUUCCAAGGGGAAGUACACAUGUAAUGGUGGUGACAGUUUGCAUAGUUAUUAUGCUUUGUGAGCAUUAAUAAAGAUGCCAGACUUUGUUUUAUUUUUAUUCAUCAGCAUGGGCAUUUAAAAGUUGCAUGCAUACACUCUUUAGCAUACAGAUCCGCUCUCUGUCCCAGCCUAAUAUUCCAGCCAAAACCAUCUUGUCAUUGGCCUCCCAUCUCCAAGUCCUCAAGCCUCCAUUAAAGAAAUGACAAAGUCCUGCUGUAUGUGUGUAUCAAUUCGCCACCCUCAAGCAUCAAUGUCUUUUACUCCCAUCACAUGCUUUUGCUGUUGUACCUGAAUGUGGUCUUAAAAGUUAAUGAUGUGGUGUUGGGCUGUUGUUUGAGUGUAGUGUGCGGCCGGUCAGCAUUACUGAGGUCCCAAGAUAUCGUCAUGACACUUCAACACAUCCAGGAGUCUCAGUGGACAUUCCACCUCUGUGACAGCUCAGUCAUUUGUUAGUCUGCUAUUUGUAAAUUUUUCUAUAAAUCACUACACUCAUAUUAUGUGAGGUUAUGCCCCCCCCCCGUUGGACCAACUGUCAGUAUAAGAGGAUUAUCAGAAUUACUUCAGCUUAUUCUGAUUGAUGAUUGUUGGCAUCACCUGUUGACUGUAAAUCUUUGAGACAACUUCAAAUGACUGUAAAACAUUUAACUGCUUCCUUAGACUUCAACACUACUUAAACUUUUCAUCACUAACUGAUUUGUUGCUAACUCCAUAUCCAUUAACCAAUGAAACAGCAAUGACAUUUUACUACAGUAUGAAUGCAUUUUGACUGUACAACCAGGCUGUUGGGCUCCAACACCUUGGAAUUAUUUGCCUUGUGCUUUAGUCAUCAAAGGUGUAUUCACAAAUUGUCAUAGUACGGUACUUAGAAGUAUAUUUAAAAGAAAAAAAAUGCUGUGUACACUAAACAUAUUGAAAAUGGUGUUGGUUGGAAUAAGAACAUUUGUAAGUUGUCUUGUGAAAAUUUUCUGAGAAUAACUGUGUAUUCUGUGCCAUAAAAAUCGAUCUGAUCUGUUGCUACUACGAGUUGGAUUUUUAACUGCUGCCCUGGCAAGAAGUAACUUUUAAUGGCACUUUCCUAAGGGAUAUUUUGGCAUCAGUAAUCUCCAGACUUUGUGGAAUAUGUACAGAAUUAAAUAACAGAAAAAAUGAGUUUGCGAUAUUUUGUCUUUUUUUUUUUUUGAGUUGGAAAUUCAUUCUGCCACAAAAUCUGCUUUUUCAAAUGCCAUGAAUUGAUGAGACAUCUUGUUUACAGACAGAUCAAAUAAAAGUUAUUCCAACCAGA